UGGCUCAGUACCGCCCCACGCCCGACGGCAUUAGCAUUCAGCGCUGCGGGGGCCGCACUCUCUCUGCCGUCCUUCCCCCGUCCGCGUGUCCGUCUGUGGGUCUGUCCGUCUGUCCGUCCGUGGGUCUGUCCGUCUGUCUGUCUGUGGGUCUGUCCGUCUGUGGGUCUGUCCGUCUGUGGGUCUGUGGGUCUGUCCGUCUGUCCGUCGGUGGGUCUGUCUGUGCGGCGGCUGCGGCGGCGGUGGUGACUUCACGCUAGGCGAGCCCAUUCCGGCGUCAUGAUGCAGGGACUGAAGACAGAGCGCGGGGAGCAGGCGGGACGCGACAUCGACCGCGCAUCACUGAGGUCUACCAUGCCGGCCAGCGGGCCCCUACAGGGAGGGCCUGUCUCCAGCCUCAACAUGAACCUCUACGCUACCAAGAAGUCUGCGGCCGAAGGCAUGCUGGACCUCGCUCUGUUCCUCGCCAACAUCACACACAUGAAGACCGUCAUCGAGCAGGGCGCCGGCUUCAGGUACUACAUCGCGGUGCUCACGCUCAUCUCCUUCUCACUGGUUCUUCAGAUAGUGGCCGGAGUGUUGAUCAUCAUCAUCGCCCGCAGAGACCUGAACGUGACGUCCAAUCAGAAACGACUGGAAUAUCUGAACAAUCUUGCCACGGGCUUCAUCUUCGUUACCACGGUGACCAACGUCUUUAUCAGCUUCUUCGGAUCAAAGAGGACCGGCUUCUUCCGCUGGCUCCUGGCCAGACUGCACUUCUGACACACACACACGGACACACACACACACACACAUACAGACACACACAAGCGCCUAUGCCCGACCACACGCAUUCACUAGUGCAUGCAUUCUCACACGUAGACACUAACACAAAAACAACAACAAGCACCCACACACAAACACGCGCACACAAAAUACUAAUUAGAAAGAUCACAACAAAAUAUCAAGUGACUCAACCAUUUAUCUUCUUUAGGAUAAUACCGAGCUUUGAUUGAUUGAUGUUAACUACCUAAAUAUGAACACAAUAUUUAACAACUAAAAACAUUCAAUACCGUAGAUUAUACGUUUAUUCAUUAGUCAUGCAAUUUGUUUUUAUCUAAUCAUACAUUUGUAUUUAUAUAUAUUACGUGAACCCUAAAAACUAAAAGCUAUCGAUGUACAUCUUAAGGGUUCAUACAAUAACUAAAACCUUCCAUUAACCUACUGUGGUAGAUGUAUUCUUCUGAUGUCAAACAGGAUGACCCUGUUCUGGUAGUCGCUGAGCGUUGAUGUGCUACUCUACAGAGCUGAAUAAAGUUUUGCUAGUGACAAAACA